AUGGGGCUCACGCGUGCGGGCAGGGCAGGGCAGUCGUGCGUGCAGGGCAACAGCGCGGAGCAGAGCAGGGCAGCCGCGCGUCCAGGGCAACAGCGCGGAGUAGGGCAGGCGCAUGGGGCAGGGCUCACGCGUGCGGGCACGGCAGGGCAGCCGUAUGUGCAGGGCAACAGCGCGGAGCAGAGCAGGGCAGCCGCGCGUGCAGGGCAACAGCACGGAGCAGGGCAGGCGCACGGGGCAGGGCUCACGCGUGCGGGCAGGGCAGGGCAGCCGCGCGUGCAGGGCAACAGCGCGGAGCAGAGCAGGGCAGCAGCGCGUGCAGGGCAACAGCGCGGAGCAGGGCAGGCGCACGGGGCAUGGCUCACACGUGCGGGCAGGGCAGGGCAGCCGUGCCUGCCGAGCAACAGCGCGGAGCAGAGCAGGGCAGCCGUGCAUGCAGGGCAACAGCGCGGAGCAGGGCAGGCGCACGGGGCAGGGCUCAAGCAUGUAGGCAGGGCAGGGCAGCCGCGUGCGUGGGCACAACACGGCGCAGGGCAGUAG